AUGUCGCCGACAGCAGUACCCACAGACAAGUCCAACGGCGCGACAAAGGCGCAGCCAAAGCUGCAGUACCUGCACGGCUUCGGCAACCACUUCGAGUCGGAAGCAGUGCCCGGCACGCUCCCAGCGCUGGGCAACAACCCGCAGCGCGCCGCACACGGGCUAUACACCGAGUGCUUGUCGGGCACGGCCUUCACUGCGCCGCGCCACCGCAACCAGCGCUCGUGGCUGUAUCGGCUGCGCCCAUCGGCAAACCACAAGCCGUACGCCCCGUACGCGACGCCCAACCCCCGCCUCGUGUCCAGCUUCCACGCCUUCUCGCCCGAUAUCGACGCGACGCCACAGCAGCUGCGGUGGAACCCGCUCGAGGUGGCCGGCGCGGACGGGCACGACUUUGUCGACUCGCUGACCACCCUCGGAGGGGCGGGCGACCCGCAGCUUAAGAAUGGGCUCGCGAUCCACUUUUACAACUUUGCCAGGGAUAUGGUCAACAAGGCGUUCUAUUCAAGCGAUGGGGACAUGUUGAUCGUGCCCGUCCACGGCGACCUCCUCCUCACGACCGAGUUUGGCAAGCUCCACGUGCCCCCGCUUCACAUCGCAGUCGUGCAGCGUGGGCUCAAGUUCUCCGUGUCCUACGUCAACCGCGACGCGCCCUCGGCGCGCGGCUACAUCCUCGAGACGUUCAAGGGACACUUUGAGCUGCCCGAGCUCGGCCCAAUCGGGUCCAACGGCCUCGCGAACGCCAAGGACUUUGAGUCCCCCGUCGCAUGGUACGAGGACAAGGCGGACCAGGGGACGUACACUGUCGUCAACAAGUUUGUCGGCAAGCUGUACCAGUACGAGCAGGACCACUCGCCGUACGACGUUGUCGCGUGGUCGGGCAACUACGUGCCGUACCGGUACGACCUGGAGAAGUUCAACGUGAUCGGGACCGUGACGUACGACCACCCCGAUCCGUCUAUCUACACCGUGCUCACUUGUCCCUCCGACACGCCCGGCACCGCGGUGGCCGACUUUGUCAUCUUCGCGCCGCGCUGGCUCGUCGCCGAGAAGACGUUCCGCCCGCCCUGGUACCACCGUAACGUGAUGAGCGAGUUCAUGGGCCUCAUCUGCGGCAGCUACGACGCCAAGGCCGAGGGCUUCCUGCCCGCCGGCGCAAGCCUGCACAACAUGUGCACCGCGCACGGGCCCGACGCCGAGACGUUCAACAAGGCCAGCGCGGCGGAUCUGGCCCCGCACAAGGUUGGAGAGGGGAGCAUGGCGUUCAUGUUUGAGUCGGCGUACCAGAUCCUCACGACUAAGUGGGCUAUUCAGGACAGCGGCAAGGUGCAAAAGGACUACUGGAAGGCAUGGCAGGGCUGCGACCGCGUCUCAGACCUCCCGCAGCAGUAG